AUGCGUCUUCUGCCGUGUGUUAAAUCGUACGAUGAAGGGACGGAUCACUCAAAGCAUAUAGACAGAGAGAUCAAAGAAUGGAUAAAGACUUAUAACGAGGCAAUCAAGCUUCUGCUGUUAGGCACAGGAGAAAGUGGAAAGACGACGAUCAUAAAACAGAUGAAGAUUCUGCACGUGAGAGGAUUUUCCCAUAGCGAGCGUACCGCCAUGAUACCGCACAUCCGCUUCAACACGCACGAGUCCAUAUUCGAAAUUGUCCACAACAUGCCCGUUCUGGGCAUCGGCAUACAGAACCCGAGAAACGUCCGCGCGCAGCAGUACCUUCUGCGAGUCGGUCCCGAAGGUCUGAAGGAAUAUACGGAGGAAUAUUUCGACAACGUACGCGAUCUUUGGCAAGAUGGCGGCGUGAGGGAGUGCUUUAAGAGAUCAAACGAGUAUCAGCUGAUCGAUAGUGCAGAAUAUUUCUUAGACAGGAUAGACCUUAUCGGAAAGGAGGACUACGUACCUUCGGAUGCUGAUAUUUUGAGAUGUCGCCAGAAGACUUGCGGCAUACAGAAAAUAGAAUUCAAAGUUAAGGUUCCAAAAUCUAUGCACGGGGGUACACAAGAAUUCUGGAUGUUUGAUGUCGGAGGGCAGAGGGGCGAGAGGAAAAAGUGGAUACAGGUCUUUGAAGGUAUCGACGCGAUCUGGUUCGUGGUGGCGUGCAGCGACUUCGACCAGACCCUGAGGGAGGACCACUUGCAGAACCGGCUCAAGGAAGCGCUUAUACUGUUCGAGGACGUGUGGCAGAGCCGGUUCCUUCUCGAGGCGGGCCUGAUAGUGUUCCUCAACAAGCAGGACCUUCUGGAGGCGAAGAUCAAGCAGGGAAGGAGCAUCGCCCCCUACUUCCCCAAGUACUACCACUUCGAGGCGGUUGGCGACGAGUAUACCAGGACUAAGUUGUUCAUCAGGAGUUUGUUUGUGAACCUGACCACGAAGAGACGGGAACGGCGCGACGUGAUCGCUUCGCCCGAGCGCUUCGUGGUGCUGGAGGCGAGUAGACCGCGCGAGUGCUACUUCCACUUCACCACGGCCACGGACACGCACAACGUGCGAACGGUCUUCCGCGACGUGCACCAGAUGAUACUCACCCACAUGCUCAGCAGCAUCGGCGUCUAC